UUUUCCUGUGCUUGGACGGAUGCAGUGUUUCCCUCCAGUUUCUUUCAUCUCGCCGUCUUCGCGUAUACGUAUGCGUUGCUAGGGUUUGGGUUUUUGUUUUUAUUAAAGUAUUGGAAGCGUAGUAAGUAUGUGCCUGAUGGAGGAGACGAUGUCCUCUGAAUUGGAAUUCAGCGAGUUAAGGAAGCAAAGCAUCCGCCAAACACUCGAUCAACUUCACGAUCGCGCUUCUUCGAUUCUAAUGCUUACGCUUCGAUUGAAGGAGAUAGAAGAGCACUUUGAGCCCACCCACAAUGCUGUCGAAGAUCGCGCCAACGAGCUCCUUGUAAUCCAGGUAUCAGUGGAACAAAAUUUGGAGGAGGUUAAGAAGAGAGAGAAGGAAUUGGAAGUAGUUCGAGAAUCUGUAAAUGCGAGGCUUGCAGAGAUUGUGGCCAGAGAGAAGGAGUUUGAGUCGAGCCAAAGGAAGGAGAUCGAAGAGAAGAGGAUAAUGAUUGAGUGGGUUGACAAAUCAAGGGGAGAGCUUGAGGUCAUCAGUGAUUCAAUAGAGAGGAAGUUGAGAGAGCUUAAAGAUGUUGAGAAGAAGUUUGAGUUGUUUGACAUUACGAUUCAAGAGAAAGCUUAUGAGAUUAGGGUUUUUGAUAGGGAGGUUAAUGAGAGAUUGGCUGGGAUUGAAGUGAAAGAGAAGGAAUGCGAAAACUUCUUCAGUGCGUUAAAAGUGAAAGAGAAACAAGUUGAGGAGCGUUCCAAAGAGCUUGCACUCAAGGAUGAGCAUUUUAGUAGACAGUGUAUAGAACUACAAUUAAAGGAAGGGAAUCUUGGGAAACAAGACACCGAACUCAAACUGAAAGUCGAGAAGACUGAGGAGAGAUUCAGAGUGCUCGAAUUGAAGGAGAAGCAAAUUCAAACACGAUGUGAAGAAAUGGAGCUGGAAAACAAAAAGCUUGUGGAGCGAUGUGAAGAACUUGCUUUGAAGGAGAAGCAACUUGAAAGUCGUCGUAGAGAGCUUCAAUUGGAAGAUAUGGAGUUCGCAAAACGGGUAAAACAAUUUGAAUUAAAGGAGAGGGAACUGGAAGAAAGUGUUAAGAAAUUUUAUUUGAAAGAAAAGCAAUUAGUUAAUGGCCAUAUGACCCAUGUUAAGAUUGAACCACCACAAUCUCAUGGGGUUAACAUUCAUCUUUCUGCGCCUAUGGAUGGAAAGUCCUUGCAAAUGUUCUUAAAUGAUCAUUGUGAGGAUCAUGAUUUGAUGAGGAACACAGUCCUUAAUGCUCUGAGACUCUCAUCAGACCCUGCAAAGCUUGUUUUGGAUGCAAUGGAAGGGUUUUAUCCCCCCAAUUUGAAGAAAGGGGAUUUGGACUUUGAAGAAGCAGUUGUUAGAAGGAGCUGCAUUGUCUUGUUAGAACAAUUGAAGAGCAUAUCGCCGGAAAUUAGGCCCGAUAUUACAAAAGAAGCAACGAGACUUGCCCGUGAUUGGAUGAAAAAAAUGAAGGUAGAUGCCAAACAUUCUCUCGAGGUCUUUAGAUUUUUGCAACUUUUGGCUACUUAUGGCUUGGCAUCUGUCUUUGACACUGACGAGCUCUUAACCUGUUUGGGGACUGUAGCACAACAUACCCAGGCUCCUGAAUUAUUUCGCAUCCUGGGUUUGACAGAAAAGAUAUCUGAAUUUCUUCAAAAUCUAAUCAGUAAGAACAAACUCAUUGAGGCCGUUAGGUUCAUUUAUGCAUUUGAGAAGAUCAACGAGUUCCCACCUGCACCGUUGUUGGAAAAAUAUUUGGAGGAUUCCAAGAGUUCUGACAGAUCAAUUCAAGCGCAGAUUGAGGCCACCAACAAAAGAAUUAUUAAUAUAAGAGCUGCACUGAGAUGUACUGAAGAUGACAAGAUUGAAUCUAGAAAGUCACCCGAGAAACUGAAGCAACAAAUUCGAUGCCUGGAAGAUGCAAAUUCCCUUAGGGAAGCUCUGUUGGCAGCUAAACCACCAUAUGAUGAAAAUAAAUGUUUUGGCCCCCAGAUUGUUGCUGCUGCCAGUUGUAGCCUUGCACCUCAAUCUGAGUCCAUCAGAAGUCCUGCGCCCAUCACUCCAACUAAGGGCUCUACCACUGGACCCUCCUCUUCCCCACCACGACAGCAGAGUGGAACUAAGCGUCAUCGGACAGCUGUCUCAGUAAAAUAUGAUCCAAGUGCAUUGGAUGGUGCUGCUUCUGCUGUUACCACGCCAUCAUCCUCUCCAAUUGCUAACUCCACUACUACCGCUGCUAAUACUGCUGAAACAAUCACCUCCUCUCCGGCAACUGCUAUCGUGGCUGCGCCCAUCACAACCUCCUCUCCCCCAGCUGACGCCCCUACCGCUGCAUCUGCCUUCUCCUCUGCAACCACCGUUAGCACUGUUGCCCCCAUUACAGCCGCCUCCAUCUCCCUAACCGUUGGGUCGCGUAUAAUUGCUAUCCCUGAGACUGGAACAGAUGAUCAGAUUAGCAAGAAGCGACCUCGAAUAUCAGGGAAGCCUCAGACCACUUGUGUUGAUACUAGUCGCAUUGUUCAUCCAAGGCAAUCGCGUCUUCAGCAGUCAGCAAGUCAGUUUAUGGUUAAUGGUGCACCCUGUGCAACAGCUAUACAUUAUGAUUCGAGUGGCUACCCCCCUUUAUACAUGCAGUUCAGCUACCCGUAUUAUAAUUCUGGUUACUAUUGGAGGCCUUAUCUUGUGACACACAAAGAAUCUCGUUUGGCUUCAAUGGAGGAGAAGCUUUCCUCUGAGUUGAAACUCUCCGAGUCAAGGUUACAAGGCUUUCGCCAAUCCUUCGAUCAACUUCAAGAUCGCGCUUCUUCCUUUCUCUUGCUUACCCUUCAAUGGAAGGACUUAGAGGAUCACUUUGCCUCCAGUCGCAAUGUCAUCGAACAACUCAUCGCCGAGCAGCAUUCUAUCGAAGAGUCGGUUCAACAGAAAUUGGAAGACGUCAAGAAGCGAGAGAAGGAUUUGGAACUUGUUCAAGAAUCUGUGAGAGAGAGGUGUAGAGAGAUUGAGGCCAAAGAGAAGGAUUUUGAAUUGACACAAAGGAAGGAGAUUGAGGAGAGGAAGAGAGAAAAUAAGCGGAUUGAGAAAUCAAGGAGAGAGCUUGAGGUUGAGAGAGAGUCUAUAGAGACGAAAUUGAGAGAGAUUAAAGAUGCUGAGGAGAAACCUGAGUUGUUUAAUGACUCAAUUGAGAAGAGGGUUGCAGAAGUUAGAGUGCGUUUGAGCGAGUCUGAAGUGAAAGAGAAGCAGUGUGAGAAAUUUGCCAAUGAAUUGAAGUUGAAAGAGGAACAACUUGAAGAGCGCUGCAAAGAACUUGCGGUCAAAGAAGAAAAUUUUAGCAGGCGCAUUUUGGAAAAGGAGAAGAAACUUGAUGAAAAAUACAAAGAACUGAGAGUGAAAAGUGAGAAGAUUGAUGAGAAAUUUAACGAGUUUGAGUUGAAGGAGAAACAAAUGAAAGCACGGCUCGAAGAAUUAAGCGUGAAAAAUGAGAAGAUUGAUAAGAAAUUUAAGGAGCUUGAAUUGAAGGAGAAGCAAAUUACAGCACAAUGUAAGGACGUGAAAUCGGAAAAAGGGAAAUUUGUGGAACGAUGUAAAGAGCUUAAAGUGAAGGAGAGACAACUUGAAGAACAGUGCAGAGAAUUGGAAGUGAAAGAGAAAUAUAAUAUCCGCCAGAAGAUUGAGCCACCGAGCAUCACUGUGGUUAACAAUGCUGUGGACUAUCCCAUGGAUGCUAUUCUUCAUUUUUCUGUGAACAUGGAUGGGAAGGCCUUGCAGAUUUUCUUAAAUGAGCAUCGAGGGGAGUAUGAUUCCAUUAGGAAUGAGGUACUAGUUGCUCUAGGAUUCUCAUCCGAUCCUGCAAAGCUUGUAUUGGAUGCAAUGCAAGGGUUUUAUCCUUCCCAUUUGAAGAAGGGAGAUAUGGAGUUCGAAGAAGGGGUUGUUAGAAGGAGUUGCAUUCUCUUAUUAGAGCAACUGAUGAAAAUUUCACCAGAAAUUAGGCCUUAUGUGAAAAAAGAAGCAAUGGGACUUGCCUUUGAUUGGAGAACAAAAGUUAAGGGAGAUGCCGAGCAUUCUCUUGAGGUCUUGGGAUUUUUGCUGCUUUUAGCUUCUUAUGGACUGGCCUCUGCUUUUGAUGAUGAUGAUCUCUUAACUCAAUUGGAGAUUGUUGCAAAACAUAGCCAGGCUCCUGAAUUAUUACGUGUCCUGGGUUUUGCAGAUAAGAUAAUUUGUAAGUUUCUGGGGUUUAAGCUUCAUGUACUAGUGGUUACAUGGAAGUCCUUACAUAUGCCUAUACGCGUGUGUGCAUGUGUUGAUGAAUGUUGUCUUAUAUUUCCUUUUGGCAGCUCUCUAGUUUUGAAAUUGCUAUGGUCCUUGAAGAACUUCAUUUGUUUUAUUCAAAAUCUUAUCAGAAAGAAGCAGCAGCUUGAGGCCAUCAAAUUUAUUUAUAGGUUUGAGCUAGUUAAUGAUUUCCCACCUGUUCCUUUAUUGGAAGCUUACUUAAAGAAUUCGAAGAUUGCUGUCAAAAGGUUCAGAAAGGUAAAAAAAUCACUUCAAGGACAGACUGAGGCCACAAAGAGAAGAAUAGCUGAUCUGAGGUGUGCAGUAAGAUGCAUUGAAGAAUUCAAUAUUGAAUGUCGACCCUUACUUGGAAAGCUUAAGCAAAUGAUAGAUGCUUUGGGGAAACAAAUCUCAAAUGAGAAAACAAGGUUGGCUGCCCUAGCACGUAAGAAACAGGAGAAUAAGAAGAAACAUUUGCCCCCUAGAGUUUCUGUAGCUGAUGCCCCCGUUGCCCCUAAAUCUGCAUCCGCCACAAGUGUGUCUCUUAUCAGUUUCCCAUCAACCACUCCAAAUUCUAUGCCUGCCCCUAAGACUCAAUCACAAAAGUGCAGUGGAAGUAAACAUCCUUGUACAGCUCUGUCAGCAAAAGACGUUGUAAAUCCAUGUCCUGUUGCUGAUCAAGCAACCUGCGCUGUUCCUUUCGAUGCCAAGGUUCAGCAAUCCUUGUUAGGAGAUUCACCAGUAGAAAACAAGGAGGCUUCUCCAUCCCUGGAUCCUCAGCAUGAGCCUAAAUCCUUUUCUUUGAACAAGAGUAAGGAGGAUGUCAGACUGUUACUUAACAAACAUGAAAAUAAUGAUUUAGCACGUGGUGAGAUUGCUGCUGCUCUUCGACUUGCAUGUGAUCCGGGAAAGCUUGUUUUAGAUAUGAUAAAUGCUUCCUAUCCUUUCAACUUGAAGGCAAAUAAUGCCAAGUUAGGAGUUUCAGAAAAGAAGUGUAUUUUGUUGCUGGAGCAGUUGAGGAUUGUCUCACCGCAGAUUAAUCCUGAUUUAAAAGAAGAGGCAAGAAAAGUUGCACUUCAUUGGGAAACAAUUUUGGCAAAGAAAAAAAAUUAUCGUUUGGUUAUAGGUUUCCUGCAGUUUUUAGCUGGCUAUGGAUUGGCAUCUACUUCCAAUGCAGACAAACUUCUUAGUCUUCUGGAUGCUGAUGAGUGGCGUAGUAAAGAGGCCACCGAGUUGUUUCAAGUACUUGGUUUAGCAGACAUGCUCCCAAAUUUUAUUCAAAAGCUUAUUGAGGAGGAGCAGCAAAUAGAGGCUGUUAAAUAUAUCUAUGCAUUCGAUAUGAUCGACAAGUUCCCACCAGUACCCAUUUUAAAGGAUUAUUUGAGCAAUUCUUCCAAACACAAUGUUGAGCAAUUGUCCAAGAAAAAGAGAAAAUCCAUUGGAGAACAGAUUCAGGCCAUUGACAAAGAGCUAAAAGCAUUGAAAGCUAUGUUCAAAUGCAUCACGGAUUACAAGAUUGAUGGCCUCUCGUCUGCAAAACUUAAAGAACAAAUUUCCCAACUGCUAAAACAGAAAGAAGAGAAAGUUCAAAUGAUUGAAAAUUCAAAAGCCAAAAUCAGACCUGGUUCCUCGUCUGAAUCUAAUGCUGACCUGCGACAGCAGAGUGGAAAUAAGCGUCCUAGAAUUCAUGCAGAGGAUCCUCCAAGAGCAUCCAGUCAUGGGACAUAUGCAGUUCAUUCAAUGCGACCUUCCCAGCCGCCGCCGCCAGGUUUCUUUCCGAUUCAUGGUGUUCCUCACAUGAAUCCACCGCGCAGUCACUAUAACUUGGCAGGGUAUCCUCCUAAAUAUAAUAUGCAGUUGAACUCCUACAAUGCUGAUGUCACUUACUCGUAUCACUGGACACAUGUCAAUUCUGGACACAGGAACCCAUUGCCCUUUGGAAGUCUCUAGUUAUGCACCUGACUGCAAUGAUUAAGUAAAAUGAAUUUCUAUAUUUUAAUUUAAUUAACUAAAAGAAUUAAUUUUAAUUUUCCCUUUC